CACCAGGAAACGCCUUCCUGUGUAACUGGGUCACUCAAGUGUGGUGAAUAAAUAGGGUCGGCUACAAGCAAAAUCACUGAGGAUUUGGAAGAAAAGGUGUCUUUCCAUAAUGCUGCGACUUCUUGCAUUUUUCGCCACACUCUGCGCUGUUGCAAACAGCUGCCCUACAAUCCUAUCAAAGGCUCAAUGGGGAGGCCGUGCUCCCACCUGCAGGACAGCAAUGGCUACGCCUGUCACCUAUGUGAUCAUCCAUCACACUGCUGGGGCAGCUUGCUCUUCCCAGUCUUCAUGUAUAACUCAGGCCAAGAACAUUCAGAACUAUCACAUGAAUUCAAAUACCUGGUGUGACAUUGGAUACAGCUUCCUAGUUGGUGAAGAUGGAAAUGUAUAUGAGGGACGUGGCUGGACUUCUGUUGGGGCUCAUGCUCCUAAUUACAACUCAAACUCCAUUGGAAUUAGUGUCAUGGGAACAUUCUCUAACAUUAACCCCAAUACUGCAGCUCAGAAUGCAGUAAAAAACCUCAUCAGUUGUGGAGUGACAAGAGGUUACAUUAAGUCAGCUUACAUUUUGAAAGGACAUCGUAAUGUGUCAGCAACUGAAUGCCCUGGGAACACAUUUUACAACACCGUAAAAACUUGGCCCCGUUUCCAAGCUUGAGAUACAUCGACAACUAAUGUCUGAAAUCUAAUUUUUCAUAAGCUCUUGAAGAAUGUGGCUGUGAAAUGAUACAGGACAAAUCACAAAUACUACUUGUUAUAUUUUCAGUAUCAGACCUUGCCAUGCAGAAAAUACACAGUAACUGAAUGAAAUAAAGAAUAUAAUAUAAAACUAAA